AUGGCUCUCCAUCUCGCCAUAUCACUCGGCGGUGCGGAGUUCUAUCCUACCUGUUCGCAGCUCACGGUUGGCGCAUCGGGCACUGGGGUCCCUGACCCUUCGGGGUUGGUCAAUUUGCCAGGCGCGUAUAGCGACAACGACCCUGGCAUCUUUUAUUCCCAGAUGUUCGAUGCCAGUGCACCAAAGGACACCUUCCCCGGUCCUCCUGUCGCUGCAUUCGUGAACGGUGGCACUUCCACUCCUGGUAACGCAACCACGACCGUGUCUUCUACGGCAACGGCAACCCAGACCAGUGGUGCUGCUGGGACGUCAACAACCUCCAAGGGGAAGAUGUGCACGCUCAAGAAGGGCAAGUCCGCCUCUUCGUUGGUUGUUCCAUCAGCCUCCGCAGCGGCAGCCAGCGCCACCACCACCGACAUGUACCCCCGACACUUCAGCAGACUUGCGCUUGGCCACAGUAUCUAAAAUGCCUCUAACUACGACACCCCACGACAUGCACGCCCGCGAUUAUGACUGCUGUUUAGAUCUUGCCUUGUUGUAUACCUACCUAGUCAUUGCUAUCAUUGCAAUAAAAAUUCG